AUGUCUCAACAAUAUUACGCUCAACCACCUCCACCACAACAAGGUUAUUAUGCCCCACCACCACAAGGAGGCUAUCCACCACAACAAGGGUACCCACCGCAACAAGGGUACCCACCACAACAAGGUUACCCACCACAAGGAUACCCACCUCAACAAGUAGGUUAUGCCCCAGGUCCAGCUCCAACCGUUCCCAUGGGUCAGAAUCCACCAACCUCUGAUAUUGUCAUUGACCCAAAUACUGGAUUGCCUGCCCCUAUAAACAAAAAGACUGGUGAAGCUUUAAAGAAAUGUAAAUGGUGUACAGAUGGUUUGGUUAAUUGCUGGCAUUGCCAAGGUACUGGUCGUACCGGAGUCCAUAAAGAAUUUGCCUGUCACAGCUGUCGUGCCGAUAAGAAUGGUAAUAGACUCAUUAAAUGUCACAAGUGUAAAGGUACUACUUGGACAGACAGCAAUGCCUGUUGA